GGAGGAGAGAAACCAGUGUGGACAGCCUGUGGCUCCGUUGGCCCCUAACGCCAUCUUACCCAGCGAGAGGGCUUUAAACCGAGAGAAAGCGGGGGAACCGGGACCGGAGGAGAGGAUCCGCUGCUACCCCCCGUGGUGUUCGCCCUCGGGAGCCCGUGGAACCGGUCGUGGUUCCCCGCAGUGAAGUCGAGAGGAAAUCUGCGAGGAGGCUGUUAGCCCGGGAGCUAGCUGGCUAGCGCGGGGGAGGGGCGGGGGUGCUGAGGUCUCUUUUUUUACCCCCCCGCAGCUGAAGUUGUUUGUUUAUGUUCUUCCAGUCGGACAUGUCCUCUGCUGACCCAGAGUUACCAGACCCAGACCCGGAUCUGGGUAUGGGGGCCAGUGGGACCCAAGCAGGUGGAGGGGCUGUUGUGCCAAAAGGGACCAAGAGACGAGCUGCGCCAGACUUCGACGAUGACGACGGAAGCAAGUUGUUCAGGUGCGAUGAUGAUUCAGGUGGCAACGGCAAUGACAAAGAGCGCUUUGCCAGGGAGAACCACAGUGAGAUUGAGAGGCGGAGGCGGAACAAGAUGACCGCCUACAUCACAGAAUUGUCCGACAUGGUGCCCACGUGCAGCGCUCUGGCACGGAAACCAGACAAACUUACCAUCUUACGAAUGGCAGUGUCCCAUAUGAAAUCUCUGCGAGGAAGUGGCAAUACCAAUGCAGAUGGGUCGUACAAACCUUCCUUUCUCACUGACCAGGAACUGAAGCACCUCAUCCUGGAGGCAGCCGAUGGCUUCCUGUUCGUGGUGUCGUGUGAGACCGGCCGCAUUGUUUACGUCUCAGACUCUGUGACACCCGUCCUCAACCAGGCACAGUCUGAAUGGCUCGGCUCUUCCUUGUAUGAUCAGCUCCACCAAGAUGACACAGAAAAGCUCAGGGAGCAGCUCUCCACUGCAGAGAAUAACAACACAGGGAGGAUGUUGGACUUAAAGACUGGAACAGUGAAGAAGGAAGGUCAGCCGUCAUCAGCAAGAAUGAGUAUGGGGGCCCGUCGCUCAUUCAUCUGCAGAAUGAGAUGUGGUUCAUGUCCAGUGGAACCAAUGUCCAUGAACAGACUUAAUUUCCUUCGGAAUAGAAACAGAAACGGUUUGGGUGCAGCCAAGGAAGGGGAGCCCCAGUAUGUAGUGGUCCACUGUACAGGAUACAUCAAGUCUUGGCCCCCCGCAGGAGUAUCACUAACUGAUAAUGAAGCAGACAACACUCAGGGGAGUCGCUACUGUCUUGUUGCCAUUGGGAGAUUACAGGUGACUUGUUGCCCAGGUGACACAGACAUCAACAGUAUCAGUGUUCCAGUUGAGUUCAUCUCGCGCCAUAAUUGCCAGGGCAUGUUCACCUUUGUAGACCACCGCUGCAUGGCCACUGUCGGCUACCAGCCGCAGGAUUUGCUCGGUAAGCAUAUUUUGGAGUUCGCCCACCCUGAAGACCAGGGCUUACUGAGAGACAGCUUUCAACAGGUGUUGAAGCUGAAGGGUCAGGUUUUGUCAGUGAUGUUUCGGUUCCGCUCAAAAUCGAGAGAAUGGAUCUGGAUGAGAACGAGCUCCUUCACCUUCCAGAACCCUUUCUCAGAGGAGAUUGAGUAUAUCAUCUGUACCAAUGUCAACGUCAAGCAGUUCCAACAGCAGCAGCAGGCCGAGCUGGAGGGAGGCGGAGCCAGAGACGGGCUGUAUGAAGCGGGGCCGAUUGCCCUCUCACAGAUGCCAGUCCAGCCGGUACAGCCUGUCCCAGCUGCAGGUCCAGACCACAGCAAGACCCUUGAGAAGCCAGAGCUCUACUCCUCCCUUUUCCAAGGCCCAGAUCAGACGAAGGGCAUGUCCUCCACCUCCACUCCCUCCGCACAGGUUUACCCUCAGGCCAACAACUUCAAUGCAGGACGACCCAAUGAUGCUUACAGGCAAGUCAACAUGACUCCACAGAUGACACAGCCAGCUCACUCAGCAGGACAGAUGCUGGCUCAGAUGUCCCGUCAGAAUGGAGUCCCGCAGUCGGUCACCCCGUCCAGCACUGGGAGUCCCCUCCUUGCAGGACCAGUAGUAGGAUGGCCUGGAGCUGGACCCGGAGCAAGACCACAAUUUAAUAACCAGGUGGCUCCCCAGGCAGCAAAGACCAUGUCUCCUCCGUUUGCUCCCAUGGGAGGAUUUGGAGGCGGCUCUUCAAACUCUUUUGGCCAGAUGCCUGCAGGUGCUGCUCCCACCCCCACCAGCGGGGCAGACUACCCACAAAUUAAUGCUCGUGCCAGCCUCAACACCAAUGGCUAUGACGGCUCUCAGUCGGGGGCACAGUUUCCGUCCAGAGCAGCGGAGGCAGUGUGGCCUCAGUGGCAAGGCCAGCAACAUGCGCAGAGUAACUUAGAGCAGCAUCCUCAUGCUCAGGGCAACCAGCAAGACAUGUUUCCUGAUGUGUUGUCCAUGCUGGACCAGCCUGCCAACUUCAACAGCGAUGACUUUGAGAUUCCAAUCUACCCUUCGUUUAAUGAGUGACAUAGUCGAUACAGUUCACACCUUUGUCCUAACAGUUCUUGCCCUUACACUCUCUUAUAUUUUGCUCUUCUCUACCUGUUUUCUUCCUGCUCCUGAGAGUAGCACUCUUCCCUUGCUUUGCAUGGCAUCAACUGCACUGCCACAGGCCAGUUGAAUAUGGUGGGAUUUACCUGACUGUAGAUAUAUGGGAGAGGACAAUCAAGGAUUUGCUACUGAUGAAAAUAAUAUUAUUUUAACAAUAAGACAGCCAUUCUAAGAGACAUCUCUAGCUAGCACUACCCAAAGCUCAACAACCUAUAUUGUAGAUAUGUGAUAUAUAUAUAUAAAUAAAUACAUAUAUAAAAGCGCACAAUCACAAAUGCAUUUGAGUAGACUGCACAAUAACACACUCACAUUCUGGUAAACACAAAGAAAAAGCCUUGUAUUGUAAUAUAUUCCUGGUUUUCUCAGGCGUUGAUGAAGAGUGUAUUUUGCUGUUUUACCCGUUAGCACGUAGAUAAAUCACCCCGAUCGUUGAUUUAAACUCUCAGGAAAUUGCAGGGAUAUACAGCUUUGGUGAUUUUAAAAGAAAAUCUCAGCUGUCGCACGCAAACCACCACUGUCACUCGCAGUUUGAAAUCCACAGCAUGUUUCUGCAUGUCAGCACUGCUUUCAUGAAGCGCUUCUACAAUGUGUAGGUUUAUAUUGAGUACAGUUUUCUAUGUGCUUCACCUAUAACUUUUUAUUAUUUCAUUUUUUCCUCUUAUGGAACAUUUAAGUUUUUUCUUUUUCUUCAUGGAAUGAUGUACUUUAAUAACACAGACACAAGGUGUUACAGUGGCUGUAUACUGUUGGUCUAGGUGCCCGGUGGAAAUGUAUAAUCUAUUUUUCUUUGCCUACAUUUAUAUAUAUGUAUAUUUACAUAUAUAUACACUAUGCAUGUGUGUGUGUGUAUGUUUAAUGGAUGCGUACAGUAUCAUUAUCAAGUUUUAAUACAGUCAUAGGGUUUUCGGAAUUGCUUGACGUCUUUCUGUCAUCCUGCAUUAACCUGUACCAAGUAUGGGAUUUUUGUACUCCUUUUGUAAAUCAAAAAAAAGAAGUAAUCACUCAGCAAUAAUUAACAAGCAGGAAUGAUGUACUUUUAAGCCAUUCUCUAUUGUUGUUAUAAAUGUUUUCCUACAUGUUAUUUUGAAUUGGAGAGAUGUGGUAGUCAUGUGAUGAUUUCCUUGAAAAUUUCCGUAGUACUUUGUUAUUUCAAAACUUUGAAUGAUAACUUGAAUUGUCCAUUACCAUCUUCUGAUUGGUAUCUAAUUAAAGGUUUGAUCAGGGUAUUCAGGAUUGAUAUGGAAUAAACAGAAGAUAUAAAAGUGAAAAUGUCCAAAAAGUGUUGAGUGUUUUGUCCUCAUGUGACUAACAUUUGGACGAGGACUGAAUAUUUGCCAACGAGAUCCGACCACCUGUGUUAUACAAUCAAUUUUUGGUAAGUUUGUAUUUUAGAAGAAUGUUGUGUGAUGAAAUAUGACGCAUUGAAACAUAUUUAGUUUUUAAUUUGUGGUAUUAGUUUAAAUUGGACCCUUUUUAUUACAGUUUUCUAUAGUUUGUGUGUAACACUUGCACACUAACUGACAAAUUAUGUAAUUGUAUGUAAACCCAUGUCCAUUAAUGUCCAGUUUUUAUCUUCAAAAUAUGUUGGUGACUGUGUCGUCUAUGUUGUUAAAAAAACUUUUUGGUCGCUCUCUGUAUCCGGGUUUCUUUUUUUUUCAAAUAUGUGAAAUUUUAUCACUCAUUAAACACAAAUAUAUAAAUAAACUGUAUAUGAAAUGUUAAA